AUGAACGGUCGAGCGAAUUCAAGUAGUUCCAACAGCAACUUAACAGCAGAAGGAAGCGGAAAUGGUCCCAAUAGGAUUGCUGGCGGGAACUUCUCAAUGUUGAUGGUAGAGCGAUUGCGAGGACGCGAAAAUUAUUCCUCGUGGAAGGAACGUGGGAAGCUUUUGGUUCAACGUGCUCGAACUGCAAGGGAAGCGUGGAACAAGCAAGCCGCGUUCCAGGAUGACAGAAUGUUUCGUCGGAUCGGGCUUUUGAGGAAUCUGACUGGAAUUCGUCUCGAAGAUUGUGGUUCCGUGAAGGAACAUUCGUCCAAUGAAAAUCAAUGGAUCUUCGAUUCCGGAGCGACUGCUCACAUGCGUCUUGACAGAGCGAUUUUGGAAGAUGCAAUGAAGGUUGAGCAGCGCAUAAAUGUGGCAAACAACGGCGUAGCCCUGGUCAAAGCAAGCGGAAGUGUGAGACUUCAAGCGAUGGUUGAAGGCGACAAGUGUGAGCUGAUGAUGGCAAACGUUUUAAACGUCCCGGAUCUUGCACUGAAUUGGAUAUCGGUGAGUAAGAUUUGCUCUAAUGGCUACAUUGUCUCGUUUUCGGGAAAGAAGUGUGAUGUCCGAACCUGGUCCGCUGAGCUGGUGGCUGUUGGUCGAGAAAGCGAUGGUCUCUACAAGCUGUGUCAAGCUGGUCAGCAAACAACGUGUGCUCCAGAACUGCUGAUAUAUCUUUGUGGCAUCGACUGA